AUGAACGGAAUUCAGCGUAUUCUCGUGGCGCCAUACCAUCCUUCUUCCAACGGCCAGGCAGAGAGGUUUGUUCAGACCUUCAAGCAUUUCAUGAAAGCCUCGGAUUCAAAGAGUUCAGCUCGACUCCAAUUGAAAGUCAAUAAUUUUUUGCUAACGUAUCGCAGCACCCCACGCGCCACCACACAUGAAACACCUGCCAAGCUUUUCCUCCAAAGAGAAGUCCGCACCAGACUGUCCUUGGUGAAGCCUGACCUCACUCGCACAGUAGCACACGAACAAUCAAAGAUGAAAAGUCACUUUGAUCAACACACCAAGUCCCGACAGUUCGCGCCCGGUGACAAUGUCCUUGCCAAGGACUUUACAUCCUCCGAGAGGUGGCAGCCAGCCCAAGUGCUACAACGGAAGUCGAUCCGCUCGUAUAGUGUUCAGCUGUCAGACGGGAGAGUGUGGAACCGUCACGUUGACCAUCUAAUUAGAGGCACUCCGAAUUCCGACAAGGACAGCAAUCCAGAUGCAAGUGGCACAGUAUCAGGAUCCAGGGCGUCCACAGACUAG